UUGCUUUGUUUCGUACUUGAUGUGAAGCCGGACGGUCGUGCUCGCUGCUCCGCCACUUAAAAAUCAAACCCCCCGCUAAAACAUACAUGAUAAUAAUAUUAAUUCAUUACUUCAUAGUCUCGCAUCAUAUGCACGUUUCGUUACUUGACAAGUAUUUAUUUAUUUAUUAAAUUGUUUUUAUUUUUCAACAAUUUUUUUUUCUUUUUUUAAAUGACUUGAUAAAAGUGUUAUUCAGUAUUAAACCAAAAAAAUACGCGCAUUGUUAUUCGUUGUAACGAUAAUUUUUUUUUCUACAAAUAAUUAAAUUUUGUAAAUGUUUAUAUUUUAAGGACUGUGAUAAACAUGGCGGGAGACAACCAACAUUUUUGUCUGCGCUGGAACAACCACCAAAGCACGUUGAUCAGCGUCUUCGACACGUUACUGGAAAGCGGUACGUUGGUCGAUUGCACGUUGGCAGCUGAGGGUCAAUACCUAAAGGCCCACAAAGUUGUGUUGUCGGCAUGCAGCCCAUACCUAGAGCUUUUAUUAAGCCAACAUUAUGAAAAGCAUCCAAUUGUCAUACUUAAGGACGUUAAGUUCCAAGAACUAAAAAGUAUGAUGGAUUACAUGUACAGGGGGGAAGUCAACAUUUCCCAAGACCAGUUAAGCACGUUCCUGAAGGCUGCAGAGUCUCUGCAGAUCAAGGGUCUGACUGAUGGAGGUGGCAAUGAAGAUAACACAGCUUCUUCAGCACCGGUCAAAGCACCUGUUGCCACUCAGGUUAGGAAGCCAAUUCAACAGUCUAUCACACGUGGUCCAUCUACAGUAGCACAGGGUUUAACGAUAGAGAGGAGGCCAGAAAGUCCACACAUUAGGUCUCGUGAUGAUAGUGCCUCACCUACUAGAAAACGCAGGCGCAACCAGCGCAGGCCGUCAACAAGUGACGACCCUGACAGUCAUAUUGAUACAAGCAACUCCUGUGAUGUACCGCCCCUUCAGUCCGGAGCCCUAAGCGGCGUCGGUGUUCCUAACAUUCCUGCCACCAUAACCAAAGGUGCGCCGUUGGAUGACGGUGAUCAUGAGACUGAUAACAGCCGCAUCAACAACCACGAUGCAUCAGCUGCUGAAGGUGUUGCAGGACCAAAGAUCGAACCGACUGGUGAACUGAUUGAACCUAAGACUGAGUAUUUGGAAGAAAUAAACAACGAAGACAGUAUAGAAGACUUGACAUUGGAUGAUGAUGAUGAUAUGGACAAUAGCAUGGACAUGUCAAGAGCUGGACCAUCACAUGACAACUCAAACCAAAGUUUUAAUCAAUGGCCAAUGUCUGGAAACCAAACCACGGAUGAAGUAUUUAUGAAUGCACAAGAAGCAGUUGGAGCUCACAGGGAUACUCAAGAAUUAAUGACAAAAAUGUUAAAGGAAAUUUCAAAACAAGAUCCAGUAGAUUGUCCCAAUCAAUGUGGACGAAAAUAUUCUGGAAAGUAUAGAAAAACUGUUUUAACUAAUCAUCUUAGAUAUGAAUGUGGAAAAGCACCAACAUUUCAGUGUAAUAUUUGUUUUAAGAAAUUUCAUUUAAAAGGAAACCUCAAGACGCAUAUGAUAACAGUGCAUAAAAUUUUACCUAAUCAAGUGUCAAUAAUUAAACAGAAAAUUAAUGUAUAUCAUAUUGAAGUAUCUAGAACUAAAUUCACCAAUGACAUGGUUUAUAGUGAAGGUAUGGAGUUUUGCCCAAAUAUGUGUGGACGCAGUUAUAGAGGAAGAUAUCGUACUAAAAACAUUAAACGACAUUUGAGAUACGAAUGUGGCGUUCAACCACAAUUUCAGUGUGAUGUAUGUUUGAAGCGUUUUACUCAUAAUUCAGAUAGAAAAAAACAUAUGGUGAUAAUACAUAAAACGUGACAAGACACAAAUGCU